UUCCUCUUUAUGUUGUGACACACGACUUGACUAUAUAUAACGGCGGCGACAUGCUUGUUGAUUUACGCUGAAUACCCACACCCCUCCCACUGUCAAAUCUACUUUCCCAAUGCCCAUCGACUCGGGGUUCCCUGCGGUUGCAAACAUGAAACACUGGGCAAGAAGGGUUGUGCGCCGUAGAAGUCAACGGUUAGCUCAUCUACACGCUCUUUGUCUACCAGCUGAACCCGAAGACAGCAGCCCACCCGCUUCGGUUCUCGCUCCAACCAUGCCAAGCUUAUUCGGACUCUACAGAAUGAAACGAUGGGCAAUGAGGUUGUUCACCACAAAUUCUCAACGCAUUACCGGCGUGUCCGCGAAGAGUGACGCUACGCGAGCAUGUGGUCACGAUCUGCCACUCGAACUGAUCAUCGAGAUAGUUGCUCUCGCAGGGCGCACCUCACACAAGAGCUACAGGAACACGCUUCUGAUAUCCAAAGCCCUGACCCCACUGAUGGAACGAGCAUGCCUACCACAUCUCCCGAUCCGACUCGAAUCAACCUCCAAGAUCCUUUCUUUCCACAAACUGUUGGUAGCGCGCCCCGACCUUGCUCAGCGUGUAGGCCACCUCUGGAUAAAAGGCGGUACCUCUCGCAAAAGACCUAAACUAGGGUACUCUGAGCCCACACCGGCCACAUGGCGGCAAUUCAAGGCUAGCGCGUUCGAACAACUCCACAUCAUCCAUUCCUGCACCAACCUCGUGUCUCUGGCGUGUUCAUUCCCCGUCAUGUUUCUCUGUUUCCGUUUCACCCGAGAUGUAUUCUUCCACCACGAUAAACUCAAAGAGCUUACUCUUUUUGAGAACUGGGACCUUUGGCCAUGUUUCGCAGUCGAUCCACCCGUCGGCGGACCGCACCUUUUCCUUCAACUAACACACCUCACCAUCGUGGACUGCGUCGCACCGCAGUUCCCCGCACACUUAUUCCCAUCGCUGAAGUACUUUGCGGCAGAACUUUACCCGGUGUCGCGACACCACGCGUUGGCAGCUUUCAGGUCCUCGAAACGGGAUUCGGAGGCACCACUGCAUCAAGACCUUCGAGGACUCGCAACCAAUGUCAACGUCAUGCUGCAUCUGGGGCACAAUGCGGAGCUGGGUGUCAGGAGAAUCGUUGGAGACGGAAGGGAGUGGUCCGGGGAGAGGGGGAGUGGGCUCCCCGGUAGCGAAUUGCGAUAUCUGCGGGCUGAUUCUGAUAUAAUCCUCCAUGCGAUGCCUCACGACUCUUCACGAUUAACUUAUUUUUCUUGGGCUGCAUUGUUCAUCAUGCGAUGGUCACCCUCGACCACUAUAGACCCAGCUUCAAUCAGAAACAUCGGCGCUCAGUCAGCAUAUUCAAGUUGUCAGCCCAAACUGUACGUUUGCACGUAG